AGUGGGGCUGUGAGGACGUGUUCGAAGAAGCCAGAACCUCAUCCGUGGCCUGCGGGGCCGGCGACAUGGACCCCCUGUACCAGCAAACGCACAAGCAGGUCCAUGAGAUCCAGUCUCGCAUGGGACGGCUGGAGACCGCAGACAAGCAGUCUGUGCACUUAGUAGAAAACGAAAUCCAAGCAAGCAUAGACCAGAUAUUCAGCCGUCUAGAACGCCUGGAGAUUUUGUCCAGCAAGGAGCCCCCUAACAAAAGGCAGAAUGCCAAACUUCGGGUUGACCAGUUAAAGUAUGAUGUCCAGCACCUGCAGACUGCUCUCAGAAACUUCCAGCAUCGGCGCCAUGCAAGGGAACAGCAGGAGAGGCAGCGAGAAGAGCUUCUGUCUCGAACCUUCACCACUAACGACUCUGACACCACCAUACCAAUGGACGACUCACUGCAGUUUAACUCCUCCCUCCAGAAAAUUCACCACGGCGUGGAUGACCUCAUUUUAGAUGGGCACAAUAUUUUAGAUGGACUGAGGAACCAGAGACUGACCUUGAAGGGCACUCAGAAGAAGAUCCUUGACAUUGCCAACAUGCUGGGCUUGUCCAACACAGUGAUGCGGCUCAUCGAGAAGCGGGCUUUCCAGGACAAGUACUUCAUGAUCGGCGGGCAAGGAUCCUGCCAAACAGCACUCUUGGGAGGAAGGUCUGCAAGGAGGAGCUGAGCCAUUUGGACUUGAACUCUGGGAGGCAGAAGUCCCUGCACCCAUCAUGCAUGGACUGAUAGGACAUUUUCGUGGUGUGCACCAGUGGGUUUCCACACUUGACAGCUGUUGGCUUUGAUGAACCCUCAUGCUGUACCUUCCGAGCCAGUUGUCUCUACUUUGGAAUAAAAAUUGCAGAGGUGGUUUGUAGGUCUUUACCGCAUGGGGCUGAACAGCAGCCAGUGUGUCUGGAGACCCAGGAGCACUGAUAAUGCCUGUUGUCACAUGACCACUUUUCCUCACACAUCUGCUUUCAGUGCCUGGUGAAGAUAGAUCUCCGUCUAACACUGAGUCUACACCGCCUCAGAGUGUAGAAACAGUCCAGGCCAGGGAAAGAGCACCCUCUAGUGGAGUCGGGGGUGACUUCUUAGGUCGAGCUGAUGGGAAGAACUUCAGUAGGCAUCCUCUGUGACCUUGUUGGGUGUGCCUAUUGUGAUUUAAAACAGGUGGGUUGCCAAGAGGAGCUUGGGAUCUCUUUCUUACGUGGACAUUUACUUCAGGAGUGACCACUGUAAGAAAAGCCAAACUUCGAGACCGAGUAUAGGGGGUCUGGAUUCUGUAGAAGACUUCACUGCGGUGUUCUGUUUACCCUUUGCCCUGGUGAUUUGAAUGGGUUUGAUUUGCGAAUUUGGGUUUACAACCAUUGUUUCUGAAGCACAUCAGCUGAAUAAAGUGGAGGUUUAUUUUAUUUAGAAAAUCA